CUCCAUGAAUUUGAUAUUCAUGAGGAAAUGCGUAUCUGCGCGUAGCUGAUCAGCAAAACAAAAAACAGCUCAAUCAUUUUCACUGCGACCUUGCAACAAUUGACUCCAGUGAAAUUAUAUUAUUGUCGGAUUAAAUUCUCCGAAUAAAUCUGCGAAAAUGCCGAUCGAUUUUCCUUCUUUUCUUUACGCAGGAGCCGUUGCAGCCGGUGGAAUUCUGGGUUACGUUAAAUCCAAUUCUAUUCCUUCGCUUGGAGCUGGUCUACUAUUUGGUGGCGUCUUGGGUUACGGAGCUUAUCAAAUCUCGUCCACUCCUCCUCAGUACUCAAUGUUCUUGGGCUCCAGCGCUGCUCUCGGAGGAAUUAUGGGUUACCGAUUUUAUAACACUGGAAAAAUAAUGCCUGCUGGUGUCAUUGCAAUCAUGAGUGCAGCGAUGGUUGUCAGAACAAUUUUCCACCAAUUCAGGACACCUGCACUAAGAACCGAUUAAUUGAAUAUAAUAAAAUUGUCCGACUCGCAUGUAGAGUCAUGUUUAUCGUGUAGAUAUCAUUCUGCAUUUUGGCUACGGUGGUGUAAAUUAUGUUUCGAAGUUUAGAAUCUUCUAUUUUUAUUUUGCAUAUUUAUAACUGUAAAAGGGCUCAAGAUGAAUAUUUAUAAUAAAGUUUCUUGUUAUAUCGGUA